CGUAUCAUCAUCUUUUACCGGGAGGAGAUGAGCUCGCGCCGGUUCACACUCGCGGAGGGACGCAGAGGUAGCAGCUGCAGAGGACAGUCUUGUUUCUCCGUUUCACUGGAGCUUGCUCUCCCACUCUCUUUCUCUCUUGUAAUAGCUUCCCCAUUCUGUGCAACAAACUGUCUGUAUUGUAGCUGUCGCGUGCACUGGCCGCCGGGUCAGCGCGAGGAAACAGCGGGGAGCAGAGGGGGAAAGGUGUUUCACCUGCUAGCUGAUGUUUUGAAAAGAAAAGGACGUUCGGAAUAAAACAGCCACCUCAGAUGAACUCUUUGUUAGUUUAGAACAGAAGAGCCCGUCGCUCCAUCACUUGGUUUUUUCGCAUAGAUCUUCUGACAUUCAGGCGCGCCUCGCUGCUGGUUUAGACACAGCACCAUCGUGCCUCUGUGGGUCGCACGGCGUUUCUUUUUAUUACUUAAAAUCACAAACAGCGUGGAAAAAGGCGAGAUAGUUCCCCGGCCCCCGCAGAUUCAACAAAGUAGUGAAAGGGUUGGUGCGAUGCCUGUAGUUUUCUUAAUGAUGAUUUCCUUUAAAUGCUGGGUUCAGCAUUAGGAUAGAAGAGACGAUUGAAAGUGGAAGUUUUUCCCCUUUUUUCCUCAAGUCCAACAAAGCGGCGGCUGCUGUUGUCAUAAUCUAGAAGAGGAGGACCCCCCAACCCCCCAUAGGACGAACAGUCUUGGAACCACAGACGGUACAACAGGACUCCAUCAGACGGUACCAACACUAGACCACACAACAAGUCGCUGUACAGCAGUAUGCCUGUAUGUUUGCCAGCAGCAUAAGAAGAAGCAUUAUGGAAGUGAAAGAGCGACGUCCAUACUGCUCACUAACAAAGGGCCGGAAGGACAAAGAGGGGCCAUACACUGGGGACAGUGAAGGCUGUGCUAUUGGUUCCCAGGGACUCCGGGUCCCCACCCAGAAGUCCUAUUCCUCCAGUGAGACACUGAAGGCUUUUGACCAGCACCAAGACCAGACCAGGUUACUGUACGGGACAACCAAGGGACACAAGGACAUGGUUCACCAUGAAAAGGAUGAUUUUAACAGACAAGGUCAACACUUCAGUCUUCGUCAGCUGGGGAUCUGUGAGCCGCCGUCUCGUCGCGGCCUGCCUUUCUGCCCUGAAAUGCCUCCACCCCACCGUGGUUUCUCAGUCGGUACAGCUCAGGAGCUAGACGCUGAUAGUCAGGCAGUCAUGUCCCCAGAGCAUGCUAUGCAUCUGUGGGGCCGCGGAGGUCUGGGUAAAUCAUCCGGGAGGAGUUCCUGCCUGUCGAGCCGCUCCAACUCAGUGCUGACUCUGACUGACACUGAGCACGAGAACAAAUCGGACAGCGACAAUGGUCCUCCCAUGCCCUCCCCCUCCUGCCCAUCUGUCAUUGACCAAUCACAUCCACAGUCAGCUAAUCCGCACGACAACCCGCUGUUAGCCAACAUACCUGAGCCUAACUCAGAGGAAGAGGAGGAGGAAGAGGAGUAUGCUGCUCGGUUCUACUUAGCCGUAACAUAUGAGCAACCGUCCAAUCAUCACAACUCCAGCCUUCCUCCGGUACCACCUCCUCAUCGCCAACAACCCUCGGUAACAGCUCUUAGCCAAGCCCUGAGCGCCACACAUCACACUGGCCAAUCCCUGAACUCCACAAGGCAGCUAACCCCUCCUACUGGAAGCCCGGCCCCUGUGGCCGGCCAAUCACCAGCAGAGCUGCAGACCACGCCCCCCGAGAGCGUCCCGCUGCAAGACAGCUGGGUGCUUGGUAGCAAUGUACCUCUGGAAACAAGGCACUUCCUCUUUAAAACAGGCACAGGCACUACCCCCCUCUUCUCCACAGCUACUCCUGGCUACACUAUGGCAACAGGCUCAGUGUACUCCCCUCCUACCAGGCCGUUACCUAGGAAUACUCUAUCCCGCUCAGCCUUCAAGUUCAAGAAAUCGUCCAAGUACUGCUCAUGGAGAAUAACUGCAUUAGUGUGUGUUGGUUUAUGUGCCUGGCUGAGUGUGGAUGCUUGUUUAUGUGUGUCCAUGCACCUGUUUGGUCUAAACUGGCAGCUUCAGGAGAGUGAGGGAUACGGAGCCUUUGAAAAUGGAGGUGGAGGAAGAGACACAACACCCAACACAUUUAUAGUGUCUACAGACAACAGUGUGUUUUGGAGGUCCCAGCUGUAUAUCGACCAACCACAGUUCCUGAAAUUCAACAUUUCCGUGCAGAGAGAUGCUCUUGUUGGUGUGUAUGGACGCAAAGGCCUACCACCAUCACAUACACAGGGUCUGAUGUUUGACUUCGCGUCCUGCCCGGUGCUGUGCAGCGGUAACGGUCAGUACUCUCGUGGACGCUGCCAGUGCUACAGCGGUUGGAAAGGUACCGAGUGCGACGUGCCGGCCAACCAGUGUAUUGACAUCCACUGUGGAGGACAUGGUAUCUGCAUAAUGGGCGCCUGCAUCUGCAACACUGGUUAUAAGGGAGAGAACUGUGACGAAGUGGACUGCAUUGACCCCAGCUGCUCGGCCCAUGGGGUGUGUAUCCAUGGCGAAUGUCACUGUCAGCCAGGCUGGGGUGGAGCCAGCUGUGAAAUUACCAAGGCCAUGUGUCCAGACCAGUGUUCAGGCCACGGCACCUACAACGCAGAGACCAGCACAUGUGCCUGCGACCAGAACUGGACCGGAGCUGACUGCUCUUUAGAGGUGUGUGAAGUAGACUGCGGCAGCCACGGAGUGUGUUACGGCGGCGUAUGCCGCUGUGAGGAGGGCUGGACUGGAAGCGUGUGUGACCAAAAGGCCUGCCACCCUCUGUGCAGCAAGAACGGAGUUUGUAAAGACGGGAAGUGUGAGUGUGACCAGGGAUGGACAGGGGAGCACUGCAACAUUGCUCACAAUCCGGAUAUUAGAGUUAAAGGAUAUAAAGAGGGUUGUCCAGGUCUCUGCAAUAACAAUGGACGAUGCACCUUGGAGGCCAGCGGAUGGCACUGCAUCUGCCAGUCGGGAUGGAGAGGGGCGGGGUGCCACGUUGCCAUGGAAACACUAUGUACCGACAGCAAGGACAACGAAGGAGAUGGCUUGGCUGACUGCAUGGAUCCAGACUGCUGUCUGCAGCCGUCCUGUCAGAAUCAGCUGUACUGCAAAGGGUCACCUGACCCAGGCGAGGUGCUCAGCCAGUCUCCAUCUUCAGUGCCUCCUCAACAGGCUGCCAGAUCUUUCUACCAGCGCAUUCACUUUCUAGUUGGGCCUGAAUCGACUCACAUAAUCAAUGGUGAAAAUCCUUUUAAUAAAAGCUUGGUGUCGAUAAUUCGAGGUCAGGUCCUGACAGCCGAUGGAACACCUCUGAUUGGAGUCAACGUGACAUUUGUUCACUAUCCUGAGCACGGAUACACUAUAACACGCAAGGAUGGCAUGUUUGAUCUCCUGGCCAAUGGCGGGGCAUCCCUAACACUGAGCUUUGAGCGUGCUCCCUUCCUCACUCAGUACAGAACUGUCUGGGUGCCGUGGAACGUCUUCUACGUGAUGGACACGCUGGUGAUGAAGAAGGAGGAAAAUGACAUUCCCAGCUGUGACCUGAGUGGUUUCAUCAGACCGAGUCCUGUCAUUGUUGCUUCUCCUCUGUCUACAUUUUACAGAAGCUCACCUGAAGAUGGCCCCAUCAUACCUGAAACACAGGCUCUGUCCGUGGGUUUUGAAUACGAGUCCUGCCUGGAUCUCAUCCUGUGGGAGAAGAGGACGGCGAUCCUACAGGGCUAUGAGCUGGAUGCUUCCAACGUGGGAGGAUGGACACUGGAUAAGCAUCACAUCCUGGACGUGCAGAAUGGGAUACUGUACAAAGGCAGCGGUGAGAAUGUCUUCAUUUCCCAGCAGCCACCUGUCAUCAACAGCAUCAUGGGAAACGGUCGCCGCCGCAGCAUCUCGUGCCCCAGCUGUAAUGGGCAGGCAGAGGGCAACAAGCUGCUGGCGCCCUUGGCUCUGGCCUGUGGAGCAGACGGCAGCAUUUUUGUUGGCGACUUCAACUACAUCAGAAGAAUCUUUCCCUCUGGGAAUGUUACCAGUGUCAUGGAGCUAAGAAACAAAGAUUUCAGGCAUAGCAACAACCCUGCUCACCGCUACUACUUAGCCACUGACCCAGUAACAGGGCAGCUGUAUGUGUCCGACACUAACUCACGACGGAUUUACCGCCCCAAAGCUCUCAGCGGUGCCCGUGACCUCAUCAGAAUUGCAGUUGAUAAAAACGGACUCAUCUACUUUGUGGAUGGAACUAUGAUUAGGAAAGUGGAUCGUAACGGGAUCAUCUCCACAGUGUUGGGCAGCAAUGAUCUGACCUCUGCACGACCUUUGACCUGUGACACCAGCAUGCACAUAAGACAGGUGCGGUUAGAGUGGCCCACAGAUCUAGCCAUCAAUCCCAUGGAUAACUCGAUCUAUGUGCUGGACAACAAUGUUGUGCUGCAGAUCACUGAAAAUAGACAGGUUCGUAUUGUGGCAGGUCGUCCCAUGCACUGCCAGGUGCCUGGUAUAGAGUACACCAUGGGAAAGAGGGCGGUUCAGACCAUGCUAGAGGGUGCUACAGCCAUCGCCUUAUCCUACAGUGGCGUUCUCUACAUCGCAGAGACGGAUGAGAAGAAAAUCCACCGUAUUCGACAGGUGUCGACUGAUGGAGAAAUUACCCAUCUAGCUGGAGCGCUAUCUGACUGUGACUGCAAGAAUGAUGCAAACUGCGACUGCUAUCAAACGGGAGAUGGCUACUCCAAAGAUGCCAGGCUGAAUUGUCCUUCCUCUCUGGUUGUGUCUCCGGAUGGGACGCUGUAUGUGGCUGAUCUGGGAAACAUCCGGAUUCGAGCCGUACGACGCAACCAACCACCUACGGGCUCUCUGGCUUCAGGUCCCAGUUCCUAUGAAGUGGCCUGUCCAGCCUCUCAAGAGCUCUACGUGUUUGAUGCAAAUGGCACUCACCAGUUCACCAUGUCUCUGGUCACUGGAGACUACAAAUACAACUUCAGUUACAGCAAUGAGGAGGAUGUGACUGCGGUGACGGACAGCAGUGGAAACACGCUGCGCGUGCGCAGAGACACUAACAGGAUGCCUGUACGUGUGGUUGCUCCCGACAAUCAGGUCAUUUGGCUGACCAUUGGGACUAAUGGAGGUCUGAAGACUCUCACAGCUCAGGGUCAGGAACUGGUCUUGUUUACUUACCAUGGGAACAGUGGCUUGUUGGCUACCAAGAGUAUCCAAAUUGGCUGGACUACCUUCUAUGACUAUGACAGUGAGGGUCGUUUGACUAAUGUGACCUUCCCUACUGGGGUGGUAACCAGUCUCCAUGGCGACAUGUCGUCAGGGGCUGUUGCUGUGGACAUUGAGACGUCAGGGAGGGAUGAGGACGUUGCCAUAACAACCAACCUAUCAUCAAUAGACUCCUUCUACACUCUGGUGCAAGACCAGCUUCGUAACAGCUACCAGGUGGGGAACGACCACUCGCUGAGGGUGAUCUAUGCGAACGGGAUGGACACGCACUACCAGACAGAGCCUCAUAUUCUGGCAGGUGCUGCUAACCCAACUGUUGCGCGACGCAACAUGACUCUGCCGGGAGAGAACGGCCAAAACCUGGUGGAGUGGAGGUUCAGGAAGGAGCAGACGAGAGGAAAAGUCAUCGUCUUUGGAAGAAAACUCAGAGUGAAUGGGAGGAACUUGCUGUCUGUGGAUUAUGAUCGUACACUGAGAACUGAGAAAAUCUACGAUGACCACAGGAAGUUCCUGCUGAAGAUCAUCUAUGAUACCCAAGGCCAUCCAACACUCUGGGUUCCCAGCAGCAAGCUGCUGUCAGUUAACCUGACGUACUCCAGUUCGGGUCAGGUGACAGGUCUCCAGAGGGGUCCGACCACGGAGAGGUGGGAAUACGACAGUCAGGGACGAAUCACCUCCAGAGUCUUCGCUGAUGGAAAGAUGUGGAGUUACACGUAUCUGGACAAGUCCAUGGUGCUGCUGCUGCACAGCCAGCACCAGUACAUCUUUGACUACGACUCCGUGGACCGCCUGUCAGCAGUCACCAUGCCCAGCGUGGCUCGACACACCAUGCAGACCAUCCGAUCCAUAGGCUAUUACAGGAACAUCUACACGCCACCAGAAAGCAACGCGUCUGUUACUGUGGAUUACUCUGAAGAUGGACAGCUCCUGAGGGUGGCUCAUCUAGGCACUGGCCGGCGUAUACUGUACAAAUACCGCAGACAGAACAAGCUGGCAGAAAUCCUUUACGACUCGACCAGGGUCAGCUUCACAUACGACGAGACUGCUGGUGUGCUUAAGACUGUCAACCUGCAGAGCGAAGGCUUCAUCUGCUCCAUCCGGUACCGCCAAAUCGGCCCGCUGGUCGACCGGCAAAUAUUCCGCUUCAGCGAGGACGGGAUGGUGAACGCGCGCUUUGACUACACCUACGACAACAGUUUCAGGGUCACCAGCAUGCAGGCUGUAAUCAACGAGACGCCGCUGCCCAUCGAUCUCUAUCAGUUUGACGACAUAUCUGGGAAAGUGGAGCAGUUUGGGAAGUUUGGAGUCAUUUAUUACGAUAUCAAUCAGAUCAUCUCCACAGCAGUGAUGACCUACACAAAGCACUUCGACCAGCACGGACGCAUUAAGGAGAUCCAGUAUGAGAUCUUCAGGUCGCUGAUGUACUGGAUCACCAUUCAGUAUGACAACAUGGGCCGAGUGACGAAGCGAGAAAUCAAGAUCGGGCCGUUUGCUAACACAACCAAAUAUGGUUACGAGUACGAUGUGGACGGACAGCUGCAGACCGUCUCCCUCAAUGAGAAGAUGAUGUGGAGAUAUAAUUACGAUCUGAACGGGAAUCUGCAUCUGCUGAACCCCGGGAACAGCGGGCGUUUAACCCCUCUGCGCUACGACCUGAGGGACAGAAUCACUCGGCUGGGAGACGUUCAGUAUAGGCUGGACGAAGACGGCUUCCUCCGACAGAGAGGAGCUGAGAUAUUUGAAUACAACUCCAAAGGCCUACUAGUUCGUGUCUACAGCAAAGCAGCCAGCUGGACCAUCCAGUACCGUUAUGACGGCUUGGGUCGGCGAGUAGCGUCUAGGAACAGCCUGGGCCAGCACCUGCAGUUCUUCUACGCGGACCUGAACUAUCCCACCAGGAUAACCCACGUCUACAACCACUCCAGCUCAGAGAUCACGUCCUUUUACUACGAUCUGCAGGGCCAUGUGUUUGCCAUGGAGAUCAGCAGCGGGGAAGAGUUUUAUAUUGCAUGUGACAACACUGGGACUCCACUGGCUGUGUUCAGCAACAACGGGCUCCUGCUUAAACAGGUGCAAUACACAGCGUAUGGUGAAGUUUACUUUGAUUCCAACCCCGACUUCGUGUUGGUAAUUGGUUUCCAUGGAGGUCUGUAUGAUCCUCUGACGCGGUUGCUUCAUUUCGGAGACAGAGAUUAUGACAUUCCUGCGGGGAGGUGGACCACUCCUGACAUCAGCACGUGGACACGUGUUGGUAAGGACCCUCAGCCCUUUAACCUGUACAUGUUCCAGGGUAACAACCCCAUCAGCAAGAUCCACCAGGUCAAAGAAUAUGUGACAGAUAUCAACAUCUGGUUGGUCACAUUUGGCUUUCAUCUCCAUAAUGCAAUCCCAGGAUUCCCUAUUCCGAAGUUUGACCUGAUACAGCCAUCACUGGAGAUGAAGAAGAGCCAGCUGUGGGAUGACCUGCCCUCUAUCUCCGGCGUCCAGCAGGAAGUGACCCGUCAGUCUCAGGCCUUUCUGUCGUUUGAGCGCAUGCCAGAAAUCCAGCUCAGUCGGCAACAUUCAGACCACAACAAGCCUUGGCUGUGGUUUGCCACUGUCAAGUCUCUGAUAGGAAAGGGAGUGAUGCUCGCCGUGAUCCAAGGGCGCGUUGUGACCAGCGCUCUAAACAUCGCCAACGAGGACUGCAUCAAGGUGGCUGCUGUCCUAAAUAACGCCUUUUACCUCGAGGGCUUGCAUUUCACAGUGGAGGGAAGAGACACGCACUACUUCAUCAAGACCAGCCUGCCUGAGAACGACCUCAGCGCACUGCGGCUCACCUCGGGGAGGAAGUCACUAGAAAACGGAGUAAACGUCACAGUAUCCCAGUCCACGACAGUCAUGAACGGGAGAACGCGGCGUUUUGCUGAUGUGGAGCUCCAGUACGGCGCCCUGACGCUUCACGUGCGUUACGGGACGACGCUGGAUGAGGAGAAAGCGCGAAUCCUGGAACAAGCGAGGCAGAGGGCGCUGUCGAGCGCCUGGGCGCGCGAACAACAGCGAGUGAGAGACGGAGAAGAAGGAGUACGGCUAUGGACGGAGGGAGAAAAGAGGCAGCUGCUGAGCAGCGGGAAGGUUUUGGGCUACGACGGAUACUACGUACUGUCUAUAGAGCAGUACCCCGAGCUAGCCGACAGCGCGAACAACAUCCAGUUCCUACGGCAGAGUGAGAUAGGGAGGAGGUAACACGGCAUCAACAGCAUCCAACGACCCCACUGACUGUCAGAGACUAACAAAAGCUUUUCAAAAAUGGAUGUCACAGACUGAACCAAGCCACUGAAGAGAUCCCGCGAUCCCUUUUUCUGGGAUCAAAAUGUUAAAGUGGGAUUUCUAGACUGAUGAUGUAACAAUCAACCAGUGCAGCUGACCCACGGCUGCAGCUCGACGGUCUGCAAACUUCCUUUUUUCGGUCAUGUUCUUUUUCUCUAUCUCGCUUUCUCUUUUUUUCACCCGGUCGUCUGCCUUCGAACAGCUUGCACGCAUGACCCCCCAUCCCCGCCGCCUUUCGUGAAAGGUGGGGGCUAUAACCCGACUGCUAUAUUUGUUUGCUGUCUAGCUAUCAAACAGUGGGAUGUAGAGACUCGUUCAAGCGGCCGACUGAGGAUUUUACAGCUACAUGAGCUUACAGGCGUCUCAACAGCUGGUAACUGUCGGUGUAAUCGCCACCUGUGCAUCCCUAAGAGAUGUAGCAGGUGUCACGUCUCUGUUUGGAGCCACGUCUGUCGGCUCUGUCGUGGAGUGGAUCCCCCGCCGUGGACUCUCUAAGAAGGACAGGCACAAAAAUUCAACUUUGUAUGAAAGCUGAAAAAAAUAAACUGAUUUUGAGUUUCUUUCUUUAUAUAAACUUGCUGUUGCUUCAGACAAAAAGGGUAUAUGAAAAUUAACAAAAACAUUUUUACAUAGUAUUACUUAUACCACUAUUACUACUUUUACUGCACCGUCACCACUGGAAUGGACCAUUUAUGACCUGAACGAAGACAAACUUUGAUUUGUGUUUUUACUUAAAAGCCACUUCUUCCCAUUCUGCGCUCUAACAGGUUCUACAGAUUUAGAGAGACCACAGUCAAACUGACGUGAAGAAGCAGGGCGGCUGUAGGGCCACCGCUGUGUUUGAGUGGAUGUACAUUGGUCCCCUGGCUGCCCAGGUCUUACUCACUUUGACAAAAUGUGACUCGGCCUAUAACAAAUAGACUUGUGCUUUUCUCAGUCACAGGUAGUAGUAUUGCUUGCAAUAGAAACAUGUUAUCAUGGCUUUGGGUGGGGGGGGUGGGGGACAGGAUUGCUGUGAGUAGUAACAAAUCGUUGCUUCUCCUUUAUUUUUGCUUGUUUAUCUUUAAAGGGACAGUGCAUUGCCAUCAGUGACAUUAACGAGUAACAGUAAUAGAUCAAAGAUCAAUGUGGAUGUUUACUCAUUGAUUGUGGGUCUCUGUGCUCCUUUAGAGUUUCCAUUGUGCGUAUGUGUGUUUGAAAAGUAACUUUAGUCAUUUGGAAGAGCAGGAACUUUCCACAGAGAGUUAACCUCAUAUGCUACGAUCUUUUUUUUCAACGACAGUUAUGACGAGUUGACAAUGUUUUAUGGUUUAUCUUUUUCUUUAUUUCGGAGGUUGAUGAAUUCCACUUAUACGUACAUCAAUAUUAGUCUCAGAGAAAGUAAUUUAUGUACAGUGUUUCUACAGUAAAGAAUAAAAUACAUUGA